GAGACGGCUGUGGCGAGGCAGGACGCGGACGCACAGGUUUAGUGACACCAGUACACACACUUCUGGGGGGGGAAAUGACAUUUUGAAACAGGAUCAAGACGAACACUGACCAUGGAUGCUAUUCUGUCGUGUUUGCGAAACUUUUCGGAUAUUUUAUUGUUUAUAUCUGCAAUUACCUGCAGUAACUUGCAUGAUAUAUAUUUUUUCUCAAUUUUUUCAUUUACAGAAACAUGUUUCUGAAACAAAUUGACUGACCACAUUUUUUUCGAGAUGGUUUACGACCUUGGACGCAUCACGCAAGCAUGUUUUGUUAUUAAAGCAAUAUGAGGACAGAAACGGGGUCCAGGCUGAUAUGAGAAUUAAAUAUAAAAAGCACCAGACCGUGUGCCAAUGUCUGCUAUGGAGCACUUCAAUCCUCCUCCAACAAAUUAUGACUUGGACUCGAAUGUCUCCACCAAUGCUUCGGAUGCGUCAAAAACUGCCGCAAAAGAGACAAGUAUGGCUUUCCAGGCGACUGUAGGCUCUGUUCUCGGUGCCAUUACGCUCGCCACGACUCUCUCCAACGCGUUCGUGAUCGCGACCAUUUCCCGAUCGAGGAAACUGCACACGCCUGCAAACUUCCUGAUCGCAUCCCUGGCUCUCACCGACCUCCUUGUGUCCGUGCUGGUGAUGCCCGUGAGUGCGCUCUACACAGUGAGCCACACAUGGACGCUUGGCCAAGUCGUAUGCGACAUCUGGCUGUCGUCGGACAUCACCUGUUGCACGGCAUCUAUACUUCACCUGUGCGUAAUCGCCUUGGAUCGCUACUGGGCAAUCACGGACGCGGUGGAGUACGCGAAAAGGCGCACGACAAGUCGCGCAGCAGCCAUGGUGGCCACAGCCUGGGUGAUCGCCAUCUCCAUCAGUUUACCACCGUUUUUUUGGCGCCAGGUGAAAGCUGGAGAAGUGACGAGCUGCGAGGUAAACACGGAUCACCUCUUUUACACCAUCUACUCCACGUUCGGCGCUUUCUACAUCCCUACAUUUUUACUCAUCGCUCUUUACGGGAGGAUCUACGUGGAGGCCAGGCGGCGGAUCUUAAGACAGUCGCCCAAAAAGUUUGGGAAGCGACUCACCUCGGCGCAGCUGGUCUCAAACUCACCAGGAUCGACGUCUUUGACCUCGGCACGGCAGGACGACGCCGGCUCGGUGGUCAGCGACAGCCAGAUCAAAAUCACAGUUUCCGACUCGCUUUUGGAGAAAAAGAGGAUUUCUGCGGCCAGAGAAAGGAAAGCCACGAAAACCCUGGGCAUCAUAUUAGGAGCGUAUAUAGUUUGCUGGCUGCCGUUCUUUAUCUACACCCUGCUGGUGCCCCUGUGCCCUUCAUGCCCUGCGUACCCAGAGUUAUUCGACUUCUUUACUUGGCUCGGCUACCUCAACUCUCUUAUCAAUCCCAUCAUAUACACAAUGGCGAACGAUGAAUUUAAAACGGCUUUCCAAAAGCUCAUAAGCUUUCGAUGUUGUGUGUCCUGAUGUGCAAAUUCAGGCGGAAAAAAAGAAAAGAAAAAAACACUGAUGCUGGAUUAAAUCAACAUUUACAUAGUCAAAGACUCAGGCGUCUUCUUGUCCGACUUAUGCAUCAUCCUGUGCAAACAGUAUACAGCAAAGCAUGCAGCAGUAUUGUGUGUGUGUGUGUGUGUGUGUGUGUGUGUGUGUGUGUGUGUGUGUGUGUGUGUGUGUGUGUGUGUUGCACUGUGGUCAUUUUGCAUUUUUAAAAAAUCCUGAUAAAUAACCAUUAUAUCAUUGCUGCUAAGCAACCGGCGAAUAUUGAAAUGAAACAAAUCACUGACCGCUGAAUCAUCGGUGCAGCUACAAUGCAGUGUAAUAUUUUAUUCCAUCUUUUCAUCCAUCCUUGUUUUCCAGUGUCCUUGCUUGAUACAUGUCUAAUAGCUAAAUAUCCGAGCAGUUCAAUAAAAUAUGUCUAGUGGCAAAUAAGACAAUGUGAAGAAGAGAAUUCACAUCAGGAUGUUUAACGACCUUUAGUGAGAAAAAAAUAUGAAUUCAUAACUCAAGUAAACUGUUUUCCCAUCUGUAAACAGUGUUUGUCAUAUGUGUGUUGAUUCAGUUUGGCCUGUGUGUAUUGAAUUAAAAUGUCAGCAAAUCAGUUUAAUUCAAUGAAAAGUCAUAUUAUCCCAGACAGUCCUCAACAAUGUGAUAUCAAAACUAUUGUCUUCAAUCUUAAGACACCAGAAAAGAUGCACGUUGUAUACAAUACAUGUAUCAGUGAAGGAAACCAUACAUAAUUCCGAUUAAGAAAUUACACUGAUAUUGUAUGCAAGGAAAAUGAGAUCCUUGUUUCUGAAAAAAAAAAUGUUUAUUCUAUUUAUUAAACUUGGGAUUGGAUAAAUAAAGUACUGCAUUUAUUUAUUAUAGAUUCAGUUAUCCGGCUGUCAAAUCACACUUGGCAAAUGACACCACAGUUUAAGUUAAGUUGCAGAUGUGCCAAACACAAAUGGAAAUCGACCCGAAAAUCCUUGAUGUAAUAGUUGUUAUUUAAGCCAUUCCUUGAAGCUUUUUUUGAUGUGUAUUGGGCAAAAGGUUGCAGAGCUGAGCUCAUGUUUCAGACGCCUUCUGUUAUAUAUAGGCUCAGUGCAUUGCAAUAAUGCAAGCAAUUCUACUUUCAGUAUCACAAUCAGACAUGAAAGGGAACUACUAAGCUUUCUGCUACUGUAUACAGUAAGUGAACAAGAAGAAAGCAACAAUCUAAAGAAGCUAAGUCAAGUCAAGUCAAGUCAAGUCAUCUUGAUUGUCACAUCACCACAGCACAUGUGCCAUGGUGAGUGAAAUUCUUGGGAGCGAGCUCCAGAAAUUGCAGAACCAUUUACAUACAGUAGUUACGAAACAGAAAUUAGAACAAUUUACAUACAGGUGAAAAAUGUGCAAAAUGCUUAGUACCAGGUGAAAUGUGCAAAUGUGGAAAAGAUGCAAUGUGCUCAUACAUAAGUCAUUAAAGUUCUAUUUUCUUUCCCAAAUAUACCAGAUUUUGCCAAAUUAAAAAGUAUUAUUGUGUUUAUUAUGGGAAUUGGGGUAGUCCUUCAAGAGCUUUGACCUGUGAAAGGAUGUGCUGAUGUGACCAAUGUGGCCAUUGUACCAGGAUAUCCUUUAGAGGCAUAUAUAUAUAUGCCUCUAAAGGAUAUCCUGGUACAAUGGUCCAGUGGAAGAAGACCUUCACUGGCCAGAUAAUAUUUGGAUGAGGUCUACUUUCAGCACAUUGGUGACACUGACAUCAUGGUACUAUGUGUGGGUGGCAAUGUUACAGAUGCAUCAUUGCUUGCAUUUUUACACACUUCACCACUAGUUUGAACACAGUUCACCACUGUAUACCUCUUCUGAGAAUCAGUAUCUGUUGCUGUCUUCAUGUUAAUCAUGUCAAUAAAU